UUUAUUUUAAUCAACUUUUUUUAUUUUUUUUUUAUCGUUACAUUUGGCUUGGAGGAUUUCCUCCUGUAGUCGCCACCUGUGUGUCCGGCUCUAAGUGACGUUGCGCUGGUGUACCGGGAGCUCUCCUCCAUUCCCCGGGAGCGGCGGAGACAAGCUGGUCGCUUCUACACGGCGACUCUCCCGUUCCUGCGCCGGGCUAAGAUGUCCCGUUUUAAAGCGGAUUUAUUUGGCUGCAACAGGCGACAUGACUGGUUGUCCUCGACGGUAUGAAGCAUUGAAGACCAAGUGCCAGAUCGCCACGCAGGAAGAGGACCAUGAUUGACAGCCAGGCGAGCUGAGGAGACCUGUCACUCAUCUUCCUAUCAGUGUGUCAGAGGGCUAUCUCCUACUCGCUUCCCCCCUCUUCCUCCUCCUUCUCCUCCACCAUCCUCCUCCCUCCCUCAAUCCUCUCCUCUUAUCUUCUCAAUGGGCUGGUAACCUCCCCAUCCCUCGUAGUUAUUCCUCACUCCAGAAACCUGAAAGAGACAGAAAUAGUAAAGAAAAACAACGAGACACUUCUAAACCAACCCUCGCUCCACCUGAGGGGAGUUUGGCAUGCCUCCUCACUCUAGUUGAGUGAGUUGUAGUAAGUGGAAGUAGAAGAGGGAUCCCUUGUUUACACACCUCUUUAAGAAGGAGCUGAGAGAGGACCAGUCAUGCUUUUCCAUUUGGCAUUGACGCUGCAGGCGCUAUGGACCGGUGUUUGCCAGGCAGCCGUACAGCACUACCCUGCAGCAUGGGGCCACUACGAUGUGUGUAAGUCCCAGGUUUACUCAGAUGAAGGUUUGACCUGGGACUACAUGGCCUGCCAGCCAGAAGCAGCAGACAUGACCCAGUACCUGAAGGUUACUCUGGACCCCCCCAACAUCACCUGUGGAGACCCUCCAGAGACAUACUGUGCCCUGGAGAACCCCUACAUGUGUAAUAAUGAAUGUGAUGCCACCACAGAGGAACUUGCCCAUCCUCCGGAGCUUAUGUUCGACAUCGAGGGCCGUAACCCCACAACUUUCUGGCAGUCCACGUCUUGGAAGAAGUACCCAAAGGCCCUCCUGGUCAACAUCACGCUAUCUUGGAACAAGACCAUUGAGCUGACUGACGACAUCAUCCUCACCUUUGAGUCAGGCCGGCCUGAACAGAUGGUCCUAGAAAAGUCUCUGGAUUAUGGACGAAGCUGGCAGCCCUACCAGUUCUAUGCCACUGACUGCCUAGACGCCUUUACCAUGGAGCCCAAGACGGUGCAGGAUCUCAGUCAGGACACCCUGCUGGACAUCAUUUGCACUGAGGACUACUCACGAGGUUAUGUGUGGAAGUAUGAUAAAACAGUGCGCUUUGAGAUCAAGGACCGGUUUGCGCUGUUUGCUGGGCCCCGACUCCACAACAUGGCCUCGCUAUAUGGCCAACUGGACACUACCAAGAACCUGCGGGACUUCUUUACCAUCACAGACCUGAGAAUCCGCCUGCUCCGGCCUGCUACUGGAGCUACGACAGUGGACGAGAACAACCUGUCCAGAUACUUCUAUGCCAUCUCUGACAUCAAAGUCCAGGGCAGGUGCAAGUGCAACCUUCACGCCAACAGCUGUGUGUAUGACAAAGAGAAGUUGAGCUGCGAGUGUGAACACAACACCACCGGGCCUGACUGUGGCCGCUGUAAGAGGAAUUACCAGGGGAGAGCAUGGAGUGCUGGCUCCUACCUGCCCAUCCCCAAGGGCACGGCUAAUAUCUGGCUGAGGAUGCUGAGGGAGAUAGGAGCCGGCGGUGUCGCUAACCGAAAAGAAGUAGCUCCUCAAGUUGCAUUGUCCACUGCCCCUUCUGUCCACGUUGCAAACAGCAAGCGAGACUGCGAAUGCUUCGGCCACUCCAACCGAUGCAGCUACAUCGAGCUGCUAAACACCGUCAUUUGCGUGAGCUGUAAGCACAACACUAGAGGCCAGCACUGCCAGCUAUGCAAGCUGGGCUACUACCGCAAUGCCUCAGCUGAACUGGACGAUGAAAAUGUGUGCAUAGAGUGUAAUUGUAAUCCCUUUGGCUCAGUCAGUGAUCGCUGUAAUGGCACAGGAUUUUGUAUAUGUAAGGAGGGCACUACAGGGCCUAAGUGUCAGGAGUGUCUACCCGGCUAUUUGUGGGACGAUGGCUGCAAAUCCCGGGUGUGUGACAACGAGCUCCUGCGCUGCCAAAAUGGCGGGGUGUGUGUCAACAACGUCCGCUGCAACUGUCCCUCAACCUACUCGGGCCUGCUGUGUGAGAAGCCCCGCUGCGAAUCGGAGCUGGGGGGCUGCGGAGGGCCCGACUCGGGCCAGGCCGCCCUGAUGCCUCCGUCCUCUCCCAGGCUGCUGCUGCUGCUGCUGCUGGGCUCGGCACUGCUGAAAGAGGCCUCCUGCUGGCCCGCCACGCUCUAAAGAGACCCAUGACCUGGUGGGAGUUGAUAAACUCCCCAUCGUCUCCACCUUAACCUCCCCAUUCCCCCCUUUCAAAUAAUCAACAACCAUUAAAAAAGAACAACCAUGAGCUUUCUGGACUGAAAUGUACUGAGCUUCUCCGCCGCCAGACUCAAUGGACACUCACGCUGACGAUAAAGGGAAUGUGCCAGACAAAUGAGUGCAAAAACUUUUCAUUUAAUUUCAAAGAAUAUAUAGAAAUGAAAAAAACAUAUACUUCUAAAAAUGCCAGAUAUUAUGAGCGCCUAAUAAGAGUAAAAUGAGCAAAGAACAAUGAGACCCCCCUCCCCUUCUAAGCCAUACCAGGUACUUGAGCUCCUUCCAGUUUGAGAAGGGAUAACUGAAGAUGACAGACUCGUUCACUUCCUCUCUUAUUGCCACGGCAACAACAGCUGCGACCAAUCAGCUCUCGCACGAGCCGACAGCGGCCGCCGAUUCCCCCCGGGAUGCUUCUGCGAGUUAAUGUUGGCUGGACUGACGCCGAAUAAAUCUCCAAGAAACUGUCCCCGCCUCGCUGAACGGCAAAGACUGGCCUCUGAAACAUAACCGUUAUACUUCAAUACAACGACAAAACAAUAAGAGGAGAAAACACAGGAAGCAUUCUUUGCUGUCAGUGCAUUGUGGAUAGAAGGGAAUCUGUCCGGACUGCCACUUUGUGACACAAAAACCUUGCCCACGUCGAUCCCUCUCUAGCUUUCUGUCUCUCCUUCGAGCUCUAUCUCAUCCUCCCUCCUGUUCAUCCUCCCUCCCUUUCCGUCCUCCAGUCCCCAAUCCCCUCGCCAUGCUGCCACAGACCUGUGCUUUUCGUGAACGUUACUCUGUAAACCCUUGUUGGUUGAAAGAUUCUUUUGUCCGAUGUUAGUGAUGCACAUGUGUAAGAAGCCUCUUCCCCUCCCCUCCCCCCUCCUCCCUUCCAAAAAAGAUACUCCAGUAAAGCUGUCUGAUUCUUUUUCUAUCUUAGAGCCACCACGCUCCCUACGAUCAUGGUCGGAGGAUAGUUUUCACCUGAGCAGACGAGAAGUGCAUAGAAAACCAUCGGUGUAUUUGCAAGUUCUUUUCUCGACAGAGCAAACAAAAAAAAAAAGAGUCAUAUAGUCCUUUUGUAUCUUUGCCGAACUGUGAUUGAAAAAAGGCAAUCUUUAAUGUAUCUAUUUAAGACAUCCAAAUGCAGAAGCAGUUGUUUAUGGGUUUUUUUUUUCUUUGAUUUACAUUUAUUUCAUUCACUUAUUUUAUUUGUUAACAAUACUUUUAGUUGUGCAGUUGAUUUUCCUUUGUAUUGGCAACGUGCUGGCAUCAAAGAAUAUCAGUUUACAUAUACAGUAUUAAUAAAGUGUAAUAAAAUCCCACCAAAGGACAUUAUAAAUGUUUUGUUCUUGCUUUAACA